GCUGCUUCUGCAAACCCCAAAUAGUUGACGCUGUGCAAGGGCAGUCAUUGUACCCCGGAGCUGGUGGGGUCUUCAGCAGCUGGAAUUCCAUACUGGAAUUCAUAGAAGGACUGAUACAUCCAUAGAAGGACUGAUACAUCCAUAGAAGGACUGAUACAUCAUUAGGUGAUCUCUUGGGGGAAGAGUUGUUAGCAAUCUCAUUACUUCAAAAUGUCCAGGUUGCCAUCUACAGCCCAGAAGACAUUGACCAAUAAUGAACCACAUAAGUCUGUCUACAGCAGUCCUUUACCUGUGGCCUUCAAAUGUUCAACUCAGUCCACAGUCAAAGAGGAUGCCUCAGAUGAGGUGGAAAACCCUUUCUACAUGUCCCCAGACACGGAUUUCUUCUUGCUUCGAGACAGACAGAAAGAAAAGCAUCGGUUGGAAAGGGAGGCAAAGAAAACCAUGAGAGUCUAUGAGAAGAUGACCUAUUCCUCAAAAAUAGCUGCCAAGUGCACUAACAUCCGCAGGCAGCUCCAGAUGGAAGACCACAUGGAGGACCAGGCUUUGCAAGCUGAGGCCCAGCGCCUCCGAGACCUUCGAGAGAUUGCCUCCUGGAAAAUCACCGUCACCAAAGAUAAGAAGAUCGAGAGAGAGAGCUUGGCCAGCUACAUUGAAAAGAAGAGACAAAUGUUUCUGAUCCAGUAUGCCCUGGAGGUGAAGAGAGAGGAGAUCCUGAGGCUGGAAAUGUUGGCCACCAAGGAAGAGAUGAAGCUGGAGAAGGCAGAAAAGUUCCUUGAGAAGGACGCGACUCUGUUUGAUGAGUUCCUGAAGGAGAACGAUCGAAACUCCGUGCAGGCCACGAGAAUAGCUGAAAAGGAGGCCAAGGUGAAGAUGGAGAAGAUCAUUGAAAUCCGAGAUAUCACAGCACAAAUCUUAACGGUGAAAAGCGAGAUAUCCAAGUUUGAAGACAAUGUCCAGAUUUUCAAAAUCUAUAAGGAUUUCCUCUAUAAGCUGUCCCCCAGGGAUUGGCUGAUGACCCAUGCCAGGAAGCAUUUGGCCCAUGCUGCUGCCAGGAUGACCUUAAACCAACAAAAAGAGACUAUUCCGUUUUUACCCACCGAAAAAGAGACCCAAAAGAGCAGUGAGAGAUCCAGCCUGAACAUCCCCGUCCCAAACAUCCCCUCGUCAUCCACAAGCGAGAUAAUGAUUAGCAAGGAGGACAAAUCCUCCCGCACAUCGUCUUCAUCCCAGGAUUUACAGCCUCUGUUCAGCAUGAGCCCCAGCAAGAAAGAGUCAAGUCCUACAGAGCUCUCUUCCAGAACAGAUGAAGUUGAUAGUGAUGAUGAGCUGGACCUGUACUUCACAGAACCUCAACAGCUACUGGACAUUUUCACUCAGCUGGAGGAGCAGAACCUCUCCCUGAUUCAGAACUCCCAGGAGAUAGAGGAGGCCCUGGAAGAGAUCAAUGCUUCCAUAAGAAACACUCGGAACAAAAUGGAUCGAGAAAUCAACCAGCUCAAGCUGCUGUCAACCACUCUGAAGACCUCCAUCGCUAAGGAAGAAGAGAUUGCUGAUGACCUACAACUCAAAGCCCGUGUCUUCUCUUUUGGCGAGUAUAAGAGUGAAUACCAGAACAACAUGUUGGCCAGCCUGAACAAAAAGGUGGUAGAAGUAUACCGCCACUGCAUUGGGGACUGUGAGUCCAGCCUGGGCACCCUGCAGAUGCUCACCAUUAUUGAGCAACAGCUGGAUGAACUCUUAGAGAAUCUGGAGAGGGUCCCACAAUGGAAGAUUGAACAAGUUGAGAAGGCCAAAGAGAAGGACAGAAGGAUGAGGCUGAAGGAAGAGAAAAUAAAACUCCUCAGAGAGAUGCAGGAGGAGCGGCUCCAGAGAUCCCUGGCCAGGGCCCAAGCAACUAUCAAGAAAAAGACGGGCAGGAAGCUCAUGUACCGCUCGGAGCCAGCAGCCAACAAGACCCAGAGGGAGGAGACUGACAGCAAAUACGACAAGGAGAAAGAAGAGCUCCUCUUCUUCUUUACUUAGCCCACACACGCACUAGUGCGAGCGCACAUACCCACACACACACCCACGCCCCCAUGGAGCUGGCUGACAUGUAAACAAUCAAAGCAAACAGACCGUCCUGGUUUACUUGUAUGAUUUAGUCGCUCUGACCCCUUUCCCAGUGUCCCUGGACAUGUGUUCUUUCUGCGCUUGUAUCUGAACUAAAAUAAAGGUCCGUGCUCCUUUUGGUUGUGCAAGUAGGCCCCUUCAAAGAAGCUGAGAUUCUGUUAUAAAGUCUGGGGGUCCUUUCUUCCUCCUCUGUAAUAAAACCACCUUUUCCUAAGAGUUCUGUAAAAGCAGCAGGGACAGAACAGAAAUGAUGCCUUAAGCUACACUAUUCAAGGAGGAAAGGCACUAGAGGAAGAGUCAGUGAAUGGGAAAGUUAUUCCCAAUCCUGGGCAGAUAAAUUUUCAACCCCCAGGCGUCACAGUUCCUUGUACUAAGUCACGUAAAACCGCAAGUGCAAAACCAUUAAAAAAAACAACUUUAUUAAUUCAUCUGCACUAGGGGUCACGUCCAUUGCCAGCAAUGAACCUCAAAGCCAAGAAAAAUCUGACCACUAGUCAGUAUGUGUCCCAUGUUAGUGAUGCACACACACACACACAUCUCAUAAGCCACAGCCACAAGCCUCCCAAGAGGGAGCGUCCCUGACAGGGUGGGAAGGAGCCCGGGCUGGUAGAGGGCAUGAAUGGGGACAUUCUCUGACCACACUGGCAUCAGCCAGCGGCCAGGGAGGCAACAUGCAAUUCCAUGAAGAGGAAUGCCCGAAAGGAGGAGGUGUACAUGAGGGCACGGACCGCUGGAACUGGCUCAGAAGGGGUUUCGGGGAGCAUGGACAGCAGGGCAGACGAGGAGUCGCAGUGGUUUGCUGGAACUGCUCCAAAGAGCACAAGUCUAAAAAUUCAAGAAAUGUAGAGUAGGAGUAAUCUGUAUUCCUUUCAGGUCUGAGAAACAAAACGGCAUUUUUACACAAGCAUAGACUUCCAAAGGCACAAGAAAAAAAAAAAAAGCAUUUCUGAACGACCCUGUGUGAAUUCCAUAACUGUAAAUAACAAAUAAAUAUGUGCAAGGUUAUAAACUCA